UUAUGCGUUAGCUGUGUGUUACGUUUAAUUUGUAAAAUAUGUUGAAAGAAUCGGAAUGAAAACUUUUUAGUGUAAAGUCAAGAAAUAAGCAGCCAUGGUUUACAAAGUGGUUACUCUCAAGUCUAUGCUGGUGUGGCUCCAGUUUUACAUGAAUGUGAUUGCAUCUAUACCUGAAAAUAUAUCACCCACCAGCGUCUACAGUCGAAAAAAUACAAGUAUUUAUCCCGCUUUUAUUGGAGAAGGCACCAAUACCAAUGUAUCCUUACAACAUGUGCAAGGGGUUACCAAGAUUGGAGAUUUCUUUUUUAUAUUUGCAAAAGACCACAUCUUCACUAUUGAUAUGCGUGAAGUGAAUCAAACACAAUUCCAUUUCUCACAUGUGUUUGACUGGGCAUCCACUAAAGAUUCAAAAAACCUUUGUCUCAAGAAAGGCAUGCCCUCAGAGAAGUGUCAUAAUUAUAUCAAGAUGAUUGCAAUGGUUCAAACAAUAAAUGGGAAUUCUAAGAAACUUGUGACUUGUGCAACUGAGAGCUUUCAACCAAUGUGCAAAUAUCUUAAGAUGGAUGAGGAAGGCAACUUAACUGACCUUGGUGAAAGUUUUAGAGGAACAUUGACCUGUCCAUAUGAUCCAACUCGUAGUUAUGCCAGUCUUUUACUUCCAGAUGGUCACUGGUACACUGCAACAGAAGCAGCGUUUGGUGGACAUGAUGCAGUUCUACACAGAUCAAGUCUUAUGAAUGGAAACGAGGUUCGAUUGCGAACAGAACAAUCUCAGUCUUCAUUAUUUAAAGAUCCUGAAUACAUCUCUUUAAUUGAGGCUAGCCACCAUUUAAAUAAGAUCUAUGUUUUAUUUAAAGAGACGGCAACUGAGGAUAAAUCUUAUCAAACAUACACACGGAUUGGACAAGUGUGUAAGGGGGACGUUGGUGGUCAAUCUGUUCUUCAGAAACAAAUUCACUUCAUUUUUCCAAGUCCGGCUAAACUGUUCUCUCCCUGGGCAACCUCCUUUCUAUUUCAACGAAGCUUCGGACAGCUCUGGGUUGGUUGCUGUUCACACAAGCAAUGGAUCAAAGAACGUUUUCUUUGUUGUGAUGAACACACCAAGAAACAGUGUACCAGCAUCUGCUCUGUGCGUAUUCUCAGAAGAUUCAAUUGAAAAGGCACUAACUGGGAAUUAUAUGGAGAAA